AUGACCUGCCUUACCUGUACCUUUCCAUCAUCUCACGAUCAAGGCCAUCAAGGCUAUACAUACGAUGACCUAGUACAAGCAGCGGAAGCCGCUUGCCCCCGGUGCACUUUUGUACUGAGGUGUAUCAGCAGAGGAGCAGCACAUAUUAGAGUUGGAGACAUGACAACAGUGACGGCUCUUACCCAUGGCCACUUCACAAUCCACUGGUCUGGUGGCGAGUGCUCAUUGGAGGUUUUCAACCAGCAUGGCAAGUCUCUAUCGUCAAGUUUCUCAAUGAUAAGCGACCGCGGUGUUGAAGGUGCUGAGCUAGGCAUCAGACGGUUACUACUAGGUCGUUUCCCCAGCACUACAGAAUUUCAGACAACAACCACCACAAUCAAGUCUUGGAUAAGAGAUUGUGUAGGUAAUCACGAUGCCUGUGAGUCACGGAUAUAUGGUCAGUCUGCCUCGUUCAUUUGCCCAAAGAGGCUACUCGACCUGAGUAAUGGAACCCUGGUUCUCCGAGAGAAUCUCGGGCAGAAAUUACGUUACGCGUGCCUGAGCCAUUGCUGGGGCAAGAUUAUUAUUGUUAAAACGACAACACAUACAAUCCGGACGUUCAAGAGACAAGUACCUUUGGAUCAACUGCCGAAAACGUUCCGCGAUGCCGUUGACAUAUGUCGCAGUCUUGGAAUCCUUUAUCUCUGGAUCGACUCACUUUGCAUCAUCCAGGACAGCCCAGAAGAUUGGAGAGAACAAGCAGCUCAGAUGGCAGAUGUUUAUCAGCACUCAUUCCUGACUAUUGCGGCUACCAAAUCGCACGAUGGUUCCCAAGGUUGUUUUUCGCAGACAAGCCAUCAAUACGUAGCCAAGUUGGUUCCUGGCUAUCAGGACAUUUAUGUCCGUCGACAGCCGCCACUUUUUCCAAACCACUGGGGUCAGUUGGACAACAACGACAGCUACCCUCUUUUGAACCGCGCAUGGAUUUAUCAAGAGAUGAGACUAUCGCCACGGGUACUACACUUCUGCAACGAAGAGGUCAUCUGGGUAUGUCAAAAUUCGCAACGUAGCGAAACAGGAUGCAACGAUACGGACUAUAAUGACGGCAAGAGUUUCAAGCCUACAUUGUUCACUUGCGUUGGCGAACCGCAACGUGACAGGGACCAGUUCACAUGGCACCGGUCAGUUCAGGAGUAUUCCAGACUGAAUCUGACCUAUGAAUCAGAUAAGACGAUUGCACUAGCUGGAGUUGCUCAACGCAUGCAACAAACACGGCCGGAUGACCGGUAUCUGGCUGGUAUCUGGGAGAAACACCUCCCGCUCGACCUUCUAUGGAUGGUGUGGCCUACGCCGAAGGUCGACAAACCAAGACUUGCUAGGUACCCUUCGUGGUCAUGGGCAUCUGUCCAGUCACAGGUGAUGUGGGACGGGAGUUGGAGUCCGCUUCAGUCUGUGGUCGUCCGGGAUUUGCGCUAUACUUCUGACGGCCCAAGUCACAUGGGGAACUGCUCAACAUCUUCAAUCACCUUACGCGCCCCCAUGAUAGAUGUCAAGUCCUUAUUGCCAACCCAGGUCACACCUAUGAGCGUAUGGAAUGGCGAUAUUAGCCAUAGAGUCACACCAUUGGAGAACAUCCGCGUCGAAGAGUUUUGCGUUAACGACUAUAAGCCUGAUAGCCCCGCGGAGCGAUCAGGGCCUACAAAUUGGCCACCUGCCAGAGGCGGGUUCGUGAUUCCACUAGGCGUUAAUGUCGAAGACAGCUUGACUUUCUGUGGCAUCCAUGUCAUCAAAAAGCUGGGAAGUGACGGCUAUGAGCGAGUGGGCCAUGUUGGGAUUAGCCAUGAUGCUUUGUUAACAAGCAAUUACGCCAAAUUCUUGCACCGCCUAAAGAAGGACGAAACUUUGCCAAUACCAAGCACGGAGGUCCUGGAGAGCACCUCCAGAGGUUACGCUCAUCGUAUAAAAGAACUGUUAGAAGAAUUGCACGUUUCAGAAAUUGUCUUGGUGUAG